AAAGGUGCAGAGUAAAAUUAAUAAUAAUAAGUCCAUCCUCUGUAUAUAAACCAUCUUGGAUCCACAGUGUAGCUCAAUGCUACGUUCACUCUGUUACCAAAAUGUCAAUCUCCUUGCGGACUCCGCCCUCUUCCGCUCUCUCUUCCAAAUCUUCACUUCAGGGAGAACGCUUGAGGCUGCUUGGUCGAUCGGGAGCUUCUAAUGCAGUCUUCUUCAAGCUCCAGCCACCUUUCCCUCAAAUUCGUGCUUCUUCUUCCUUCUAUUCUUCUCUCGAUACUGGUGCGAGAACUGAAUUAGAUGCUGUAUCUAGCUUCAGUGAGAUCGUUCCUGAUACUGUCAUUUUCGAUGAUUUCGAGAAAUUUCCUCCAACAGCUGCUACUGUUAGCUCUUCGCUUCUUUUGGGUAUAUUGAGUCUCCCUGAUACUAUAUUCAGAAAUGCUGUGGAUAUGGCUUUGGCGGAUUCAGGGUGUGCUGCCCUUGAAAAUGUUGAAUUGAGAUUGUCCUGUUUCGCUAACAAGGCUUUAGUUAAUGUUGGAGGUGAUCUGGUGAAAUUAGUACCUGGCCGAGUUUCAACUGAAGUGGAUGCACGGUUGGCUUAUGACACUCACGGCAUUAUUAGGAAGGUGCAUUCUUUGCUGAAAUUGUACAGUGAAAUCAAUGUUCCUCCAGAGCGUUUGUUAUUCAAAAUUCCUGCAACUUGGCAAGGAAUUGAAGCCUCAAGAUUGUUGGAAUCUGAGGGCAUACAAACACAUAUGACACUUGUUUACAGCUUUGCUCAAGCUGCAGCUGCAGCCCAAGCUGGUGCUUCUGUUAUACAGAUAUUUGUUGGACGCAUCAGGGAUUGGGCGCGCAACCAUUCUGGUGACCCUGAGAUUGAUGCUGCUCUAAAGAGAGGGGAAGAUCCCGGUUUGUCUUUGGUGACAAAAGCUUAUAAUUACAUCCACAAAUAUGGACAUAAAUCGAAGGUGAUGGCCGCAGCAGUUCGGAACAAACAAGAUUUAUUCAGUCUUUUGGGGGUUGACUAUAUCAUUGCACCAUUGAAGGUAUUGCAGUCGCUCAAUGAGUCUUUAACGACUCCUGAUGAGAAGUACUCCUUUGUGAGAAGGUUAUCACCACAAUCUGCUGCUGUCUACAAUUUCAGCAAAGAAGAGGUGGCAAAAUGGGACCAGUUAAGCCUUGCAUCAGCUAUGGGCCCUGCUGCUGUUGAACUUCUGGCUGCUGGUCUGGAUGGUUAUGCCGAUCAAGCAAGGCGAGUUGAGGAACUAUUUACAAAGAUUUGGCCACCACCAAAUGUGUAAAACUUUAUGGUUCAUUCUGAGGGGAUUUCUGAGAGAUCUGGGUAUCCACAAUAAAAGGAAGAAUAUUUUCAGCUGUGUUCAUUCUAUCCCCAUCCUUUUUAACAUGGUAGUUUAAAGUUUAUGGUUAGCAGAACUUUCGUUUCGAUAAUGAAUGUUCUAUCUCUACCUGAACUCAGUGUUCGUGCGAAGUUUUUGGUUAGAUCAUACGAACAUGAGCCGACAGUUCAUGAUCAUGCAUGUAUUUGCUUCUUGCGGUGUUUUUAUGUUCUCGUACAUGGUCCAAGGAUUAUUUUGAUUUUUUUUUUUGGCAGUGGAAAAUUCUUUAUAUUGGGAUUAAA